AUGCGUCAUCUCAUCGCUUGCUCGGCUCUCCUCGUUGUCGCCUUGGCUGUAACGACGAAGAACUACAACUACUCUCCGCAGCCAACCGCCAAGCCCGGUCAGACUCUUCCACCAGGAUCACCGCUUCCACCAUACAGUACACCGAAGCCUGGACCACCACAAACCCCACCACCAACAAGCAAAGGACCAGUUGGGCCACCAAAAACUACGAAGAACUACGGCGGCGGUUCACCCUUGCCAACCGCGAAACCCGGUCAAACCCUUCCACCAGGCCCACCACUUCCACAAUACAGUACACCAAAAAGCGGU